AUGGAGUCAGAAAAUCAGAAGGCUUAUCUCUGCGGGUUAUUCUUCGUACGAGCAAGAGACAGAAGGGCUCUUCGGCGCCAAUUCAAAGCCGCCAAAUUUAAGGCAACGCUGUCAGAAGGUAGCCGAAUAGAGUUGGACGAGGAGAGCAAGGCUCUGAUUGCGAGGGAUAAUGGGGCGAAAUUUGCCAUCGCAAAGCCCCAGCCCCAAGACGGUGAAAGCAAUCAGCAAAGCUUGCCGACAAGCAAUCCGACUCCAGAGCACCACUUCCCGCGUUGUCCCAAAAGGUUGCUCUCGGCCGGAAGUGCGAAGCGCAUCAGUCCGGAAGAGCUAGCAAUUAUGCUGGAUAGCUACAACGUCCAGGCACAGAAGACGCAACGUCCCCAACCCGAUCAAACCACACUGACUGAGUCUAGUGAAUUUUUGGUUCGAUCCCCCACACGGUCUGUGGUUAAAAGCCUUGGCAUACCGAAUUCUAUACCUGAAAACAAGUGA